CAUGCGCGGUUUGUUUACAAUGUGUGGAAGGAGACAACGUGGAGACACCUCACGUCACUAAGCGUUCUCAAACACAGUGCUAGACCGCUUCUCUAUACUAUAAACCAAGACCCCGGCCACGGUCGAAUUGGACUGGAAUAACUAAUCGCAAGAAAUAAUCAACAGUAGAGAUUCUGAAGGUACCGGAGGGUCCAGUGAGGGAAGUGAAAGAGAGGAGCUGUGUUUUCUGGAAUGAUCCAGAUGAAGACCCUGGGACCAGGGAAGACCUGGGCUCUUCAAGAUGUCUCCCUGAAGCUGAUGCUGUUGCUACUAUCAACCACCAUCAUGGAAUCCAGUGCAACAACCGGGAAACAGAGCGGACCCCGUCUGCAGCUUUCAAACACAGAGAUGCAUUGGAGCAACAGUUCAGCAGUGUUCUGGUCAGGUGGUGUUAGCGGAGGUUAUCAGACCCUCCUCCUGGAUGAGGACCGUGGUUGGCUGCUGGUGGGGGGCAGAGACCACAUCUACCUGCUCCACUCAGACAGCUUGGCUCUUCCCACACGCUCAAUAUAUUGGCCUGCUGCAAAGGAACAUAUUGAUCACUGUCGACUGGCAGGGAAGAAUCUGUCGACUGACUGUGGAAACUACGUUCGUCUCCUCCAGUCCUUCAAUAAGACCCACAUCUACGUCUGUGGAACUGGGGCCUACUACCCACAAUGCACCUACAUAGACCUAGGACACAGCACAGAGGAACCAUUGUUCCAUCUCAAGUACCAUGCUGUUGAGUCUGGGAGGGGAAGAUGUCCCUUCAGUCCACAGGAAUCCUUCACUGCCCGGCUCACUGAUGGAGACUUGUAUGCAGGGACGUCUGUGGAUUUCAUGGGGGCCAACGCAGCCAUCUUCCGUAGCUCAGUUCACAGCAGCAGCCAGCACUACAUUCGUACGGAAGCCUACCAAGACCACUGGCUGAAUGAGCCAGAGUUUGUGGGUUCCUUUUCCAUCCCUGAUACCCACAGUGUGGACGAUGACAAGGUCUACUUCUUCUUCAAGGAGACCGCUGUGGAAUCCAGCCAGUGGGACAGGAGGGUCUAUAGCAGGGUGGCACGAGUCUGCAAGGUGAAUGGAUGUACUACAGUACAGACCUGGAAUGACAUUGGAGGGAAGAGAAGUCUGAUUAAUCGUUGGAGUACCUUCCUCAAGGCUCGGCUGGUGUGUUCGGUGUCUGGACCUGGCGGAAUUGACACUCAGUUUGAUGAACUUGAGGACAUAUUCAUGUUGGAGACCAAAGACUCCCAGAACCCCAUCAUCUAUGGAGUGUUCUCGACCUCCAGUUCAGUGUUCAAAGGCUCGGCUGUUUGUGUUUACUCCAUGGCCUCUAUCCGAGCAGCAUUCAACGGUCCCUUCGCCCAUAAGGAAGGCCCUGACCACCGCUGGGUGGAGUUCAAGGGCAGGAUUCCAUAUCCACGACCCGGCACGUGUCCCAGUGAGACAUAUGACCCCCUCCACAAGUCAACGCGUGACUUCCCUGAUGAUCUCGUCAGCUUCAUGAGGGGUCAUCAGCUGAUGUGGGAGCCGAUUCUUCCCGCCACCCGCCAGCCUGUCUUCAUGCAGGUCAACGUGCCACACAUCCUACGAAAGGUGGUAGUGGACAGGGUGGAUGCUGAGGACGGACAGUACGAUGUACUGCACCUGGGCACAGAUAACGGCAAGGUCCUGAAAGUGGUGUCUGUUCCCAAGGACAAUACAGAGACUGAGGAGAUCAUACUGGAGGAGCUGACUGUGUUCCAGAGUCACAUCCCCAUUCUUAGCAUGGAGCUGUCUACCAAACGGCAACAGCUUUAUGUGAGCAGUGAGGAGGGCGUGGUCCAGCUGUCCCUGCAGCGUUGCCAUCUCUAUGGGAAGGGCUGUGUUGACUGCUGCCUGGCCAGGGAUCCCUACUGUGCUUGGGAUGGGCUCACCUGCAGCAGAUACUUCCCCACCAACAAGAGGAGAGCUCGGCGCCAGGACGUGAAGCAUGGGGAUCCAAUGAGCCAGUGCCAUGAUGCUGGAGACGGUAAUGAGUGUUUAGGCGAUGGUUUUGAAUCUUUGGAAGCCAAGUUGGUCUAUGGAGUGGAGAGCAAUGCGACCUUCUUAGAGUGUCUUCCCAGAUUCCAGCAGGCUCCAGUCCAGUGGACAGUACAGCCAUCACAGGCUCACACAAGCAAACCUCUUCAGAGUGAGGGUCGUGUGGUUCUGAUGAAGCAGGGUCUCCUGAUACAGCGACUGGAGUCUGGGGACGAUGGUCUGUACACAUGCAGCCGCCUGGAGCACUCCUUCACCCAGGUCCUGACUCGCUACAACCUCAAGGUCAUUCCCCAGGCGAGCAUGACAGCGUCCCAGGGCCGGGUAGCUGAACCUGGGGCUGGAGCAGCAGGGGUAAGGGGGGGAAAUGGAGGUGCUAUAGGUCACACUCAGAGCCACACCCAGCUCAACAGGAACUAUAAGGACCUUCACAUGAUGGGCAUGGCUAGUGUGAGUGUGGAUGAGUACUGUGAGCAGAUGUGGUAUCGGGAGAAGAAGAAGCAGCAGAAGCUUCGUCAGCUGAAGUGGAAACAGACCCAAACAGACAACCGCAAAGCCAGGGUGCGCCGGCACGACUCCACGGAGGACACCCCACUACAAUGACCUGGGGGGACAGAGACUCCUCCUCUUUCCUGAAGGUUGCAAGGGGGCACUGUAUGGAUUUAACCGUGGUGGAAUUGGACACGCCCUGAAUGCUUGGCCUAGACCAAUCAUAUGCAUUCGGGGAGGCAGGUAGCAUUAGCAGAUUGUAAACACUUGUACAUGACUGAAAUAGCACAUCAAACGUUUUAUUGUUAUCAUUACUAUUGGAAUCACUGACAGGGAAGGGUGAUUGAUUCACAGUUCUGGGAAAGUGUGGAGAAUAACAGGUGAAGGGAAUGUGAGUCGGCCUCAGUCUUUAACAUGCUGACCCUUGCUUUGCAUUGACCAGACAUACAGUAUCAGCUUUAUACUAAUAUUAUUUAAAAAGUUUGUCCAUAGACGUUCAGUAAACUUUUCAUAUAGAUAUCCUCUUCAUUCUGUUUAGAUAGGAUUGUGAUCUAAAUCCCAGACUGGGCAGACCUCAGGACAGGUAGAGUUGUUUGCUGAAGCAAGACUGGACAGGUUGUUCUCAGCCUUGUCGAUUAAAUAUACACUGUCAAGUAUGUUUGCAUUACAGUCACCUGAACAACAGGUGUUCCGGAACUACAAAACUGUUACAGGAAAUGACUAGUACCCAACUGUUACACAACUGAGGAUGUUCACUCCAUGAUUUGUCUUCCUUCCUGGCAUAGUCUUUGAAAGAGUGUUCUAUAUUGACAUCAACAUUUCACUUUUCAUUUACAGCACUUGCAGUAGGUUAUUCUAGCAGUACUACUGCCACGUUCCUAACACGUCACCCUGAAAAUCUGAGUUUAACCCCCAGUCACCUAGAAGACCAUGGUUCAAUUCCCCAGUCAACUAGAAGACCAUGGUUUAAACCCUCAGUCAACUAAAAGACCAGGGUUCAAUCCCCCAGUGAACUAGAAAACCAUGGUUCAAUCUACCAGUCAACUAGAAGACCAUGGUUCAAACCCUUGGUCACCUAGAAGACCAUGGUUCAAUCUCCCAGUCACCUAGAAGACCAUGGUUCAAUCUCCCAGUGAACUAGAAGACCAUGGUUCAAUCCCACAGUCACCUAGAAGACCAUGGUUUAAACCCUCAGUCAACUAGCAGACCAGGGUUCAAUCCCCCAGUCACCUAGAAGAACAUGGUUAAAUUCCCCAGUCGCCUAGAAGACCAUGUUUCAAACCCCCAGUCAACUAGAAGACCAUGGUUCAAUUCCCGAGUCACCUAGAAGACCAGGGUUCAAUCCCCCCAGUGAACUAGAAGACCAUGGUUCAAUCUACCAGUCCAUCUCUCAUAAGCAAACAUUUAAUUCCUGUCUGUGCGACCAUUUGUUACCUGACCAUGGGAUUUUCCUCCCUCCAUUCCAUUUCUCUCCCUCUCUUGGUAUGUCCUUUCUAGAUGUUUGAAAUACAUGGCGUGUCACCCUAGUUGUGUAGUCAGUCUGCCACUACGAGUUAUGUAUUGUGUGAUAAAUCUUCACGGGUUAAAUCAAAGGGUCUCAGCAGGGUCUCUGUUCUUUUUACAGUGAUGUGGUUGGUCCCUUUGAUCUCUAUUGCAUUUGUGUCUUCCAGACCCCUCAGCAACACAUGUUGACACAGAGUAUCAUCCUUACCCUAUCAUCACAACAGUAAAGACCGAAGCUAUAUGUCCACUGGAAUACAACAUCCUAUAAGAUGUUGUUUAUUCAAACACAAACCCGUAGUUUUAGUUUUAAUAAAAUCCUAUAAUGUGUUUACCAUUUUU